UUGAAAAUUCAGUGACAGAGAAAGAGAGAGACCCACGUGGUGGUGUUGCUGUCCGUGAGGGUCAUUCUGCUAUUCAUAGCCAGUAGUUUCCUUAAGGUUACUUUGACGCUCUGAAAGCAACCAUUUUCAUAUUUCCAUAUUACUCAUACCAUACACAAAGAAAAAAACCCAACAGCUGGAGCUGCAGGACCUGGGCAAGCUACAUUUUAGAGAGCCAUGCAGGCCCAGGAUCUGAUCCGGCACCUGCGGAUGCCUGAGCUGGACGACUUGAGGCAGUAUGUGCGCAGUUUACCCACCAACACCCUCAUGGGCAUGGGGGCUUUCGCUGCCAUCACCACGUACUGGCUGGCCACUCGCCCUAAAGCCCUAAAACCACCCUGCGACCUCGACAUGCAGUCCGUGGAGGUACAGGGUGGUGGAUAUGCUCGUCGGUCUAUUCUACAGGACAGCGACACAUUCAUGACAUACUACUACAAAGACGCUCAGACGAUGUAUGAGUUUUUCCUACGAGGGCUACGAGUGUCAAAUAACGGUCCUUGUUUGGGAUCACGUAAACCGGGCAAGCCGUAUAAAUGGCUUUCAUAUAAAGAGGUAGCAGACAGGGCAGAGUUCGCAGGUUCAGCGUUACUCCACAGAGGUCACAGUCAAACAGGAAACAAAUACAUUGGCAUCUUUGCCCAGAACAGACCAGAGUGGACGAUUUCAGAGCUGGCAUGUUACACAUAUUCACUGGUGGCUGUGCCGCUGUAUGAUACACUUGGUACAGAGGCCAUCAGUUACAUCAUUGACAAAGCCACCAUCUCCACUGUGAUCUGUGACAUCGUGGAUAAGGCUCGUCUGAUCCUGGAGUGCGUGUCUGGCCGGAAACACAGCAUCACAACCAUAGUGAUCAUGGAGAGCUUUGACAGUGAACUGACAGCACGAGCACAACAGACAGGCAUUGAGAUCCUGAGCCUCAAGGAGCUGGAGGCUAUUGGCAAAGCAAACUAUAAGACACCUAUUCCACCUAAACCAGAGGACCUGGCACUGAUUUGCUUUACGAGUGGAACUACAGGAAGUCCAAAGGGAGCAAUGCUCACACAUGGAAACGUUGUUUCCAAUUGUUCUGCCUUCAUUAAAGUUACAGAGGGCUUGCUGAAACCUAGUCCUCAAGAUGUUCUCAUCUCCUUCUUACCACUAGCGCAUAUGUUUGAAAGAGUAGUGGAGGGUGUGCUUCUGGUCCACGGGGCCAGGAUUGGAUAUUUUCAGGGUGAUAUCCGUCUGUUGAUGGAUGAUUUAAAGACUCUUAAGCCCACUAUAUUCCCUGUAGUGCCCAGACUACUCAACCGUAUGUUUGAUAAGAUCUUCGGACAGGCAAACACUCCUCUCAAAAGAUGGCUUCUGGAUUUUGCCACCAGCAGAAAAGAGGCGGAGCUUAAAAGUGGAGUUGUGAGGAAGGACAGCAUGUGGGAUAAACUGAUCUUCAGCAAAGUGCAGGCCAGUCUGGGUGGACGCGUGAGGCUUAUGAUCACAGGAGCCGCUCCGGUCUCUCCCACCGUCCUCACCUUCCUCAGAGCAGCGCUGGGCUGCCAGUUUUAUGAGGGCUAUGGGCAGACAGAGUGUACCGCGGGCUGCACCAUGUCACUUCCUGGAGACUGGACAGCAGGUCAUGUGGGAGCACCACUUCCCUGUAACUUCGUCAGACUUGUGGAUGUGGCUGAGAUGAAUUACUUUGCAGCAAAUGGAGAAGGAGAGGUGUGUGUGAAAGGACCAAAUGUGUUUCAAGGUUAUCUGAAGGACUCAGAGCGAACCUCAGAAGCCAUAGAUAAAGACGGCUGGCUGCACACUGGAGAUGUAGGCAAAUGGCUUCCGAACGGGACUCUGAAGAUUAUAGACAGGAAGAAACACAUCUUUAAGCUGGCCCAGGGUGAAUACAUCGCUCCAGAGAAGAUUGAGAACAUCUACAUCCGCAGUGACCCUGUGGCUCAGGUCUUUGUACAUGGAGACAGUCUGCAGGCUUGUUUAGUGGGUGUUGUGGUGCCUGAUCCAGAUUUUCUGCCUGGAUGGGCGAAGAAAAGAGGCAUCGAGGGCUCCUAUACCGAAAUGUGCAAAAGCAGGGAACUGAAAAAUGCUAUCCUGGAAGACAUCAUUCGGCUAGGGAAAGAAUCUGGACUGAAGUCUUUUGAACAGGUGAGAGACAUUGCUCUGCACAUGGAAAUGUUUUCUGUUCAGAAUGGACUUCUCACGCCAACAUUGAAAGCAAAGAGAACCGAGCUGAGAAACCACUUCAGACAGCAGAUAGACCAGCUCUAUGCUAAAAUCAAAAUGUGAACAAACAGAGAGAGAGAGAGAGAGAGAGAGAGAGAGACCCCUACACUGAAAGUGUAGUGAUGACAAUGAAGGAUGUGUUCUAGUUCUGUCGUGUCGUUGUAUCACGGGGGAAGAGAAGGACCAUUGUACCUAGUUCUUUUAUCAUUUCUACCACUUGGAUGUGCCACAGUCAUCUCAAAGAGGUGAAGUACAGUCCUGCCAGCAAAAUACAUACCAAACAUUUCAUAAGCCCAAUUAAAAAAAAAAAAAAACUGGAAGUGAACCACCCAAUGCCUUAGGCCAGUGAAUGCCUUGAAUCUAAUAACUGAGAGCAUACCUGCAAGAUCACGUAAAACAGAACAGACUGAGACAGCCGGCAUUCAUGUUUGGGAUUUGUAAACUAUGUGCAGAUAUUUUCAACAAAACUUAUUUAAAAUUAUAGUGAUUUCCAUUAAACUUCUGUAAAUGAAAACGUAUCAGUGUUUACUAUUUAAAUUUAUGCUCUUAAUUGUAAGUUACUGCACUUUUAUGGUAAAUCAUGUGUUUCAAAUAUUUGAGGUCUUUUCCAUAUCUAUUAUAUAAAUGAUUUCUACUGAAACGGAGAAUAAAAUGACAUUGGUUCACGCCAAUUAGUCCUCACUGAUACUCAGAUACUCUCUCUCCUGGGACCCUAUUUGUAAAGUGUGUUCGCACAGAUUUGAUUUUAGUAUGUUUAAAACCGCUAUUGUACAUUUUGACGAUUGGGGAUAUCUUAAAUCUUAAAGGGUUAGAUCACUCAAAAAUUAAACUUAGGCUGUGUUUUCCUUAUUUUCAAAGCGUCCUUUGUAUACAUGACUUCCUUCUUUCAGACGAAUCCAAUCGGAAUUACAUUAAAAACCGAAGACCCCUGCAGACCCCUCCAAGCCUUUCAAUGGGUGUUUGCUCUACACACUUCUGAAGACUUGAAAUAAAAUAUGCACAUCCAAACCCCAAGGUUAAACGAAGUAGCGAAUCCAUGUGUUUUUGUAAGAUAAAUCACUUGAGCUUUAUUUGAGUGUUUUGGACUGUUAAAGAGAAACAUCUGCCCUCUUCAAAGAAGUGCAAGGACCAUUUUUGAUACGUUGACUCCGAUUGGAUUCAUCUAGAAGAACAUAAAAAAAAAAAAAAAACCUAUGAUGCUUCGAAGGUGAGUAAAACAGCCUAAUUUUAAUUUUUUGGGUGAACUAACCCUUUAAUGAAAUUCAUUAGGAGAGGUUUACAUAGCAUUCACGAUCAUUUUCAAGUCGUAGAUUUUACAUCUAUAAGAGAGGCGUACAUGUUUUCUGUUCAUUCAUUCUAUGAAUCAAAUGUACACACAUUUAAGUGUUAAUCAUGAGAUCGAUUUUAAGACGGUUUCUGUGCAACAUUUUAUAAACGAGGCCCCUGGAGAUUAAAUAUAUAGGUUCUCUAUUUAUAUUUGUACAUCUUUAUUCUAUUCUGGCUUGUGUAAAUUGUGCAGUUAUUUGUUGCAUGUGGACGUUGAGGAGAGAAAUAAACUGAUGGCAUUGUCUUUUAA